AUGCAGAACAUUGUUGAUCCUGUUCAGAAAAUGAAGGAACUAGUGGAUACGCUAAAGAUUCAUUAUUACUCGCUCUUCAAUGGACCAGAUAGUCUCUGGCCGUAUAUGAAGACCUUGUACAGUGAACAAUCAGUUCUCAGCUUUGCUGGCAAAGAAUAUGUUGGCCCGAAUGAGAUCUUCGCAAGUUUGACGGAUUUAAGGAGUACAUUGGCUGGAGAUUGGCCUCCAGAGAAGCUAGUGCAUGUCGUGGAAAAGCUUCAGUGCAAAGGUCAUGGGCAAGAUGGAAUUGCAAUCCGUGCAUCUGGGUCAUUUAUAAUUGGUAAUCAAUUUCUCUUUUGUGGGGAUGGAGUACAAGCUGAGGGUUUGCCCAAUUUCAAAGAUCAAUCUGCUAUUGAUUUAGAAAGUAGGAAGGUUUAA